AUGGAACGGACGAAAGGGAUGAAACGGACGGAGCGGACGCUUGACGGAACAGACAGAGGAUUGGAAUGGACAAAACGGAUGAAACUAACGCUUGACGGAACGGACAGUGGAUUGGAAUGGACAAAACGGAUGAAACUAACGCUUGACGGAACGGACAGUGGAUUGGAAUGGACAAAACGGAUGAAACUAACG